GGCGACCUGCCUCCGAGUCCUCCCAUGGCGGCAGCGCGACCCACAGGCUCCGCGAGCGGAGCCCUUUGCCGGCAACUCCUGCUGACCCUCACGAUCUUAACAUUUGCCUGUGAUGCCUGCAAAACAGUGACACUACAUGUUCCCUCCAAACUAGAUGCUGUAAAAUUUAUUGGUAGAGUUAACCUGAAGGAGUGCUUUAAAUCUGCAAAUCUAAUUCAUUCAAGUGAUCCUGAUUUCCAAAUUUUAGAAGAUGGUUCAGUCUAUACAAAAAAUGCCAUCCUUUUGUCCUCAGCGAAGAGAUCUUUUACCCUAUUACUUUCCAACACAGAGACCCAAGAAGAGAAGAAAAUACUUGUCCUUUUAGAGCAACAAACAAAGGUACUGAGGAAAAGGCGUUCUCAAGAAAAAGUUCUAAUACGUGCCAAGAGAAGAUGGGCUCCUAUUCCUGCUUCAAUGUCUGAGAAUUCCUUGGGUCCUUUCCCACUUUUUCUUCAACAGAUUCAAUCUGAUACAGCACAAAACUACACUAUUUACUAUUCCAUAAGUGGGCCUGGAGUUGACAAAGAACCUCAAAAUUUAUUUUAUGUAGAGAGAGAUACUGGAAACCUGUUUUGUACUCGUCCUGUAGAUCGUGAAAAGUAUCCAUCUUUUGAGCUAGUUGCCUUUGCAACAACUCAGGAUGGAUAUACUCCAGAAUAUCCACUGACCCUACUAAUCAGAAUCGAGGAUGAAAAUGAUAACUUCCCAAUUUUUACAGAAACAACUUACAUUUUUAAUGUUUCUGAAAACUGCGGAAUUGGUACUACCGUGGGACAGGUUUGUGCAACUGACAAAGAUGAGCCUGACACACUGCACACGCGUCUAAGGUACUCCAUCAUCAAGCAGUUUCCAGCAUCACCCACCCUCUUCUUUAUGCAGUCAGCUACAGGUGUGAUCACCACAUCAUCAUCUCAGCUAGACAGAGAGGUAUUUGAUAAAUACCAAUUGAAAAUAAAAGUACAAGACAUGGAUGGUCAAUAUUUUGGUUUGCAGACAACUGCAACUUGCAUCAUUAAUAUUGAAGAUGUGAAUGACAACUUGCCGACAUUCAACCGUCUUUCUUAUGAGACAUCAGUGGAGGAAAAUAAAAUUGAUGUGGAAAUCUUACGUGUUGCUGUUACAGAUAAGGAUUUAAUUAAUACUGCUAAUUGGAGAGCUAAUUAUACCAUUUUAAAUGGCAAUGAAAAUGGAAAUUUUAAAAUUGUAACAGAUCCCAAAACCAAUGAAGGAGUUCUGUGUGUGGUUAAGCCACUGAAUUAUGAAGAAAAACAAGAGAUGAUCCUACAAAUCAGUGUAGUUAAUGAAGCUCCACAUUCUGCUCGUUCAGGAUCAACCGUGAACAUGGCGACAGUCACUGUUAAUGUACAAAAUCAGGAUGAAGGCCCUGAGUGUAGCCCUGCAGUGCAAAUUGUUCGUAUUAAAGAAAAUGUACCAGUGAGCACAAAGGGCAGUGGAUAUAAAGCACAUGACCCAGAAACAAAUAGUAGCAGUGGCAUAAGUUAUAAGAAAUUAAGUGAUCCAGAAGGAUGGGUCACUGUUGAUGCAAACUCAGGAUCAAUCACAACUUUGAGAAGCCUGGAUAGAGAGGCAAAGACCAUCAGAAAUGGUAUAUAUAAUAUUACAAUCCUUGCCUCAGACAAAGAUAAGAGAACAUGUACUGGGACACUAGGGAUUAUACUUGAAGACGUGAAUGAUAACGGCCCAUCCAUACCUCAAAAGACAGUGAUAAUCUGUAAAACUGUCAUGUCAUCGGUGGCGAUUGUGGCCGUAGAUCCCGAUGAACCCAUACACGGCCCACCCUUUGACUUCAGUUUGGAAGGUGUUUCUGCUUCAGAUGUACUUAGAAUGUGGAGACUGACAAAAAUUAAUGAUACAGCAGCGCGUCUUUCCUAUCUGAAUGACCCCCAGUUUGGACGAUAUACAGUACCUGUCAGAGUUACAGAUAGGCUUGGCCAAUCACUUGUCACUCAGUUAAUCGUGAUAUUAUGUGACUGUGUUACCCAAAGUGACUGCUUGCCUGAGCGGAGUGCCAGAGGACUGAUACUUGGAAAGUGGGCCAUCCUUGCAAUAUUGUUGGGCAUAGCAUUGCUAUUUUGUAUCCUAUUUACCUUAGUCUGUGGGGCUACCAGGGCAGCCAAAAAGCCAAAAGUAUUUCCUGAUGAUUUAGCCCAGCAGAACCUCAUUGUAUCAAACACUGAAGCUCCCGGCGAUGACAAAGUGUAUUCCACCAAUGGCUUCACAACCCAUACUGCGGGAGGCUCCACUCAGGGAAUUUGCAGCACCCUGGGAUCCAGAGUGAAAAACGGAGGGCAGGAGACCAUUGAAAUGGUGAAAGGAGGGCAGACCAUUGAUUCCUGCCAGGAGGCCGGGCAUCAUCACACCCUGGAAUUGUGUAAGGGAGGUGGACAGCACACCCUGGAUUCCUGCAGAGGAGGACAAGUAGAGGCAGACAACUGCAGAUACGCGUACUCCGAUUGGUACACCUACACUCAGCCCCGCCUUGGUGAAAAGGUCCAGCGGUGUAAUCAGGAUAACAGUCAUACGCAUGCACAAGACUACGUCCGGACGUAUAACUAUGAAGGAAAAGGAUCGGUGGCUGGUUCUUUGGGUUGUUGCAGUGAACGACAAGAAGAAGAUGGGCUUGAAUUUUUGGAUCAUUUGGAACCCAAAUUUAGGACACUAGCAGAAACAUGCCUGAAGAGAUGAGUGUGUUCUAUUUAGUCUACAAAAGCCAGUGGCUUUAAUUGUCUCUUUUAAAUUAUUAUUACAAGCCAGGAUUUUUUUAAAAAUAGAAGAUGCUGUUUUGGGGGCUUUUCCCCUUUAUUUUGUUGAGAUCUCUUUCGCCAAAUGUGCUUUUACAGAGGGAUGCUGUGAAUA